AUGGAGAUGACGAGUUCUUUAGGAGCCGACGAGAGGCGGGGGCCAGGAUCGGUGGAGGUGCAGGUGGCUGCGGCGGCGCUUCAGCGGUCGGAGGUGUUCCACGUCGUGAAGGAACUGCUCGGCUUCGUUCUCUACAUGCACCACCAGAUCCCCUCGGUAUUGCAGAGUCUUGAAACUGAAUUUGCAGGUUUAAAGGAGGAAAUGUCAAAAAUGACAGCACCAUUGGCAGAACUGAAACCUUCUGAUCAGAGAAAGUACAACACACGAAAAAGGGAGGUUAGAUGCAGAAUCAAGAAGCAGGAAAAGUUAAUGAAAGGCAUCUCUACGGUACUUUCUGCUUUUCAGCAAGCACUUGAUAAAGUUUCUACCAUUGAAGGAGUUGCCCUGAUCCUGGGAGGGAGUCUUGUGCGACCUUUGUUUGUCUAUGACAUUACAGUUACUCAUGGUAGAUUUGAUUCUGGAAGUGCCAAAGGGCAUGGUACAACAAAGUUAGCUCAGUCUGUUUCUCGAAAGGCCGUCCGAGCUCUUAUAUCAUGUGGUGCAGGGAGUUUAUCUUACACAGGCCCUACCAAGCUGUUUCUGCUGGUUAGAUGUCCCUGUACAUUGAACAUACCCCUGGAUUUCGCGCCAAAACGGGAAUUCCGUUACAGUAAGAAGGUUGUACCCCAGCAAAUGUCUAUAAAAUGCAAUACAGCAUACUACCAAAAGAAUAAUAAGCAUGUUGCAUCAAUCGUGGAUCCGUCAUGUUGUACUUCAGAAUCUUCUCCGUCAGAUGUUAUCUGGUUCCAGUGCAAGCACACGAUAAGAGGGUUACCAUGCAAGGCGUCAUUAGAAGGAUGA